GACAGCAAGCCCAAGCAAAGGCGUACCGGGUCUACAGCUGUAUAUCCAGAGGCUAAAAAAAUAAAAGUUAAUCAGACGCCCAGAUUAACAACAAGAAGCUGGCAAGUUAAUUAACAACUAAUAAAGCAUUUUGCGAAAUAUGUAGCUAAUGGGAAACCCCCCCCAAAAAAAGUUUUAUAAUCUCUUGGCACCGUAAUAAGGAUUUAAAAGUUUUAGGAAGGCGGCAGAUGUGGAGAGGCAGAACUGGAAUAUUCAGUGAAAUAUUUUUUUUUUUACUAGGGGCAGAGAAGAUGAAACUGGUCCAUUUAAAUACAAUUAAAAUACAAUAAUGCCACAUUAAUAACAAACAGGAAAGAGGGAACAGAUGACAGCGCGCACAAACUCGGUAUUGUUCCAGCGCCGAGAGGAGAGCUGCGCGCCUGCCUGCUGCUGCUGCUGUCUUUGAAAUUACUGGCAUAUUUUUCUUUCUGUCUUUUUGUCAUGAGGUUGCAUUUGAUUUUUUCCUGCUGCAGCAGCCUUGUCAAGUGACCACUUGAAUCCAGGAGAGCUCCGGGACUGGAAAGGAACAAUGACAGGGCGAGGGAGUCUGCUCUCCUGACCCCGAGCCCCCGCAGAAACAAACAUACGCAGCAGCAGACACACAGAGCCCUGGAAAGACCGGGGCUAUCCAUCACAUUUAUCACCUAUUUGAACCCUUCGUCUCUUCAGUAUCCACACGCAAGCGGCACCGCGUCUCAGACUGGCAAAGCUACUGUUAUUUUCUUUAUUUUUUUUGACAAAGAAAGCGUCUCCAUACUCAUUAUCACUCUGCAUACGACUGCCAAUUUUAACCGUGAACCGCUAUUCCGUGGCUACGAUGUAACAAUAGCUAUUAAAAACCAAAAAAACACUUACGUAGGCUUUAGCCAGUGUUGACUUCUCUCUACAGAGCUUCGUAAAAUGUCACCAGGCAGUUUUCUGAAACUUCUCGACGCCAACUUUAAAAAAACAAAUUAACCUCAGAAGCAACACGAGUUUUCUUUCAUGUCACGCUGGGACCAACGGUUAUUGAAAUGGGAUUUCCAAACACUAGCUACUGGAAAUGCGUCCUAAUCCUCGGGGCGGCCGUCUUGUCACCUGUCUCCAGAGUCCUGUGCAAUGAUAUUCCGGGCGUGAAGCUGCCGGGCGACCCUGAGCUGACGCCCAACACGGUGUGCCUGACCCUGCCGGGCCUCACCAAGCACCAGAUGAGGCUGUGUGUGCGCAGCCCCGACGUGACCGCCUCCGCCCUGCAGGGCAUCCAGAUCGCCAUCCACGAGUGCCAGUACCAGCUGAGGGAGCAGCGCUGGAACUGCUCUGCACUGGAGACUGGGAGCAAGCUGCCUCACGACAGCGUCAUCCUGAAGAGAGGUUUCCGGGAGAGCGCGUUCGCCUUCUCUUUGCUCGCGGCGGGGGUGGCUCAUUCGGUCGCCACGGCCUGCAGUCUGGGCAAGCUGCAGGGAUGCGGGUGCGAGCCCAAGAGCCGCCGGGACGAGGGUCAGAUCCAGCUGAAACUGAAGCAGCUGCAGCUGCAGACCCUGCAGAGAACCAAGGGGCUCCCCGCGCACCUCCUCCAGAGCCAGCAGGGGGCUUCCAGCCUGCAGGACACCUGGAAAUGGGGCGGAUGCAGCCAUAACGUCAAGUUUGGGGAAAAGUUCUCCCAGGACUGGCUGGAUUCCAGCGAAUCGCCCCGGGACAUUCACGCCCGCAUGCGGCUCCACAACAACAAAGUGGGCACGCAGGUGGUCAAAGAAAACAUGAAGAGGAAGUGCAAGUGCCACGGCACCUCGGGCAGCUGCCAGUUCAAAACCUGCUGGUACGUCACGCCCGAUUUCAGGCUGGUGGGGUCGGUGCUGCGGGAGAAGUUCCAGACGGCCGUGUUCAUCAACUCGCAGAACAAGAACACAGGCGUCUUCAACCCCCGCCUCAGCAAGCAGAGGGUGGCCAGCCAGCUGGUGUACUUCGAGAAGUCCCCCGAUUUCUGCGAGCGAGACCCUGCCUUGGACUCGCCUGGCACCGAGGGACGGAUUUGCAACAAGACCAGCCAGAACAUGGACAACUGCGGGAGCCUGUGCUGCGGCCGCGGACAUAACAUCCUGAAGCAGACGCGCAGCGAGAGAUGCAACUGCCGCUUCCACUGGUGCUGCUAUGUGCUGUGUGAGGAGUGCCGAGUCACGCAGUGGGUCAACGUCUGCAAGUGAGACCUGCACCGUCCUGCUGCUCACACCAGGGACUAGCUGUGAGAUCCGGGUGCUCAUGAAACAGUGUUGUACGGACCUGAAAAUAGAUUCCCCCGGUCUCAGGUCCGAGCAUGGCAGCAAUGCUGGCAAGAACCAUCCCACUGCUGACACCAGGGACUAUUCAUGUGAUCAAGAAGCUGUCACUCUUGCUUUAAAGCAGUGUUAUAUUGACCUACUAUAGAGACCCAAGUCUUCUCAAUGUCUUUUCAUGGGAUGUCUGUAACACGAGAGAAGCCUGCCCUGAGAGCCUGCAAGUGAAACCCUAAACCUGGCACCAGUGCCUCUUCAUGCAGUUACGAUAGCGUUUAUUUAUUUUUCUUGUAAAACAGUUUUAAUCGAAUUCUGAAAAAUAAAUAAUGCUGUCUCUGGAGUCAAACAGUGGAGCUGCAAGUGGAGUACACACUGUCCCAGUCUCAGUGCAGUCAGGAUGGACUCCUUGUGAGACCCAGAAAACCGAGCUGUCUUUAUGCAAGGAUGGAACAGGCAUUGCUGUUUCAGGAGUGCCUCGUUACUGAAUGGGCGCACGCCGCUGAUGAAAGCCAGAGGAUCCUGUCUUUUUCUCUGAAACAGAUCUGAAGUGGAGCCCCGAGUCUAGUAGAGUGGCAAGGCUGGACACAGUGUAACGCAAUAAAGGUUUCAGCAUCUGCACAACAAAAACUAAAAUCGAGUUCAUCUUGCUAAACAAUGAAAUAGAAACCUUAACAAUAUCUGCUUUUGAAUAAUCCAACAAAUUCGAGUAACACCCAUAGCUUAUCGUGAGAAACACUUUAAUAAAAAGUACAAGUGAGCUGGAGUCUAAUUUUAGGACGGUUACCCUUAUCUAUAAAUGAAUAGGAACUUGAAGAGAUUGCAUUUUCAGAGUGCUGUGUCAAUAGCUGCAAGUACAGUAUCCCACUGCAAACACCAUUCUCUGUUCAUACUAGGAGGAUAAUCAGCCUUGUGGUACGCAGCAGAGAGAAAAAGGCUGAUUCUGAAGUGUGGUAUCACUGAGUGCAUCAGCAGGUAUAUAACACUCCAGUGACACCACUGUCUCCAUGCAAAAAGGGAGGCUUAAGAUGUUCUGGUUAAACAGUAUAAUAGGGACCUGAGAAAGUUUCAGGGGUGUCUCCGAGUGCGAUCCAAACUUUCUCCCCUGCUGGCACCUGUUAACAUAAAGUUUUUUUUUUUUUUAAUGGACCUGCAGAAAAGACAUUGCUGUUUCAAACCAGUAUCUGCUUAUGAGAUCCAAAACAUAGGAAUCUAAUUGUGGUUUGAAACAACUUUCACAAUUCUUGCAGCACCUACUUACCAAGCCUUGGGAAUUGUUGCAGGGUUAUGGUUUUCAACAGGAAUGAUCUAUAUGGGAACUUUGUGACACACGUCUCACCCCUGACUGAAUUUACCAGUAAAUUAGGCAUAGUGCAUAAACACGGCCUCCUUGUGUUCUUGUUCGUUCAAAACCCAAUCCCUCCCCCUCCUCGGCUCAAGCAGUCAUUUCAUAAAAUAAAAAGGGCUCUUCAUCUGCUUGCCUGAACAGCAGCCACAUAUUUACAUGCAGCUCAAGCAAUUCCAUAAAAAAAAAAAAAAAAAAAAAAGAAAAGGAUACACAAAGACAUUUGAUAUGGGAGCGCUCGCCAGCUUAAUCUGCGCACUGGAGAGGCUUACAGUGCUUUCCUGCUGAGCCCACGAUUAUGAAGAGGGAUGAAUGAUAAAAAAAGGAUUUGAGAUUUUAUUAGAUCUCUUUAAGGCUUCUCUGGCACUUGAAGCUGUCUGGAGUUUUGGGGAGAUGGAUAACAGUGCUGGUGCUGUCUCCGUGCACAUAUGUAUUAACAGCUCUGUCUAGCAAAUACCUGGGCUGUGUAAUGAGGCAGGGCAACAUUUAUGCACAUAUAUUGAACUCUUAGCAGCAUUUCUCAGGGAGCUAAUGCACAAUCUAUGAAGCACUAAGGUUUUGGGUUCAAAUGCAGUAGUUGCACCAAGCUCAUACGCAUUACCAUUUUAUAAUGCUAUAUAGCCCAUGUACAAACGACUGGACUCACCUGAACUAGCCACCUGUGGGACUCCCUGUAGCGAGAGGCUUAGUGAUGGCUUGUGGUCUUUUCAGUCGACCUAAAAAUACAGCCACCUCCAAAAAAAAAAAAAAGAAGGUAUUUUUAAGUGAUUUAAAAACAAAAUGAUAGUAGACAGGCUCACACGCACUUAGCUAGAGGUGUUGGUUUGCAUUACCUUUUGAGCAAGGAGCCUUUUUAAUGAUGUAGCGUUAGAGGGUGUGAGGGAUGGAGCUGACCCCACGGGUUCAGAAGAGAAAACCUGCACAAGGGCUCUACACACACUUAACUGGGGUGGACGGGAUUUUGGACAGGGAGCUGUUUUUUUUUUAAACCUGCAUUGCCGGGGUGAAGCUGGCUACCGCAAUUCUACAGAGAAAAAAGACAUACAGAACCAUUAGCGAGUUUGAUUUGGACAUGCGUUCAAGCAGACUUUUUCCCAUGUGCGUGAUGCACAGAGGGGACCCCCGAAAAGCUCUCUCUGUAUAAAAAGCAAAAAAGGCACGAUGUGUAAAAUGAAUCAUGAUGAUACUACCAUUAGAACUAAAAAAAAAAAAGGGUCUGUACAUUUUGUUAAAUCUUUAUAUUUGUGUAUUAAAUUGAAAAAAACAAUGUCCAAGCUGAUUGCUUGUACUGUAUGUGUUGCCUGCAGUAUUGCUAUAGAGUAGGGAUCUUAACUGCGGAUCUCCGCCUAUUUAUCAAUGCAGAUGUAUCGAUAUAUUAUAUUUUUAGUGCCCGUCAGUCGUUACAUCACUUGAGUAAUGCACUUCUCAGAAGCUUUUGCCAGGAGAAUUUCUCUUCUAAGGUUGGCGGUGUACCCGGAUCACGCUCCCUCCUGCAACAGUGCUAGUCUUCUGUCCCCCCAGCACUCCGCUCUUUUCAAUCAGAGCACCGGGAUUGUUGCAGGAGGGAGGACCGGUCUGGACGCACAGCGCUUUCUUGUAAGAGAAAGUCUCUUUCUUCUUGUCAGUGCUCGGGUGAUUCCCCAGGUGAUUUCAGACCCAUGAAUAAAAAAAUAUCAAAACAAUCAGGAAUAUGCCGCUGCGGGAUACAGCAAAGCAAUGCCUUUCAUGUAAACACUGCAGGGAGUUCUGUAACUCUUUAAAGCUCCAGUGACUGCGAGUCUUCAUACAAAUUACAGACCUUGGUAGUAAUCCUUCAAAGCAGAGCAGAAAAUGAAGACACUGUGUCGUCUUCAAAGACAUGGAAAUAUUUGUCUUCUUCCACUUCAACAUGAUCCCGUUUUCGCCAUCCGCCCCGGGCAGGGAGGGGUGGGGAACGGCGUCCCUAUAGAUCUGAUUAAUUACUCAUUAGCGUUUUUCUUAAGCCUCUCUUUCAGGUAAAAUAAGGCAUACGUUGACAGGGUUCACAGAAAGGUCGUCCCUGUUGAACUGUUACCUGUACGGGUUAAACCAAAAGUGAGAACCCCCAGACCCCCCCCCACCCCCCGAGGUGACUUGGAAAGCUCUUAAGAAGUGUUCCCUGCAAUCCGCUACAGCUGACAGAUUGGGGGGUGCGGCCGCACAGUCACUGCAGAUCAAGCGUUCAGAACAUCAGCUUCAAGAGGAGAGGAUCUCUCGCGGAUAAGAACUCUAUACCUGCCUGCCUGUCCCCCUAGGGCACACCCACAGAACUGCAGAUACUCUACCACUCAAAAAUUUAGCAUUGACACAUAAUUAAAAAAAAGAAUGAUGUAUGAACAUCUUUGUAUGCAACAUCUUGUAAUCAAAGAAACUACACAAUGAUAUCGCAAAAGUCUA